ACUAUGUUUCUUCUUGGUUCAAAAUAGUUUUCAAAUCCCUGCACAAUUUCCUCGAACGUUUCUUUCUUUCCAAUUUGAGUCAUCACCUCCCCACUUCUUUCCCCAAUGCAAUACAACAUUAAAUCUCUUCUUUCUUCAUCCUCCGUUACAUUGCAUAUUUUUAUAUAUUGUCUAAAUCUCUGAAUCCACCUCGUCCAAGCCGCCGGAUCCUCAAAAUCCAUGGCCUUGGGAGGCUUAACCAUAUUAUUCUUGGUUCCCGACAUCUUAGCAAUAGUUUUUUCUCACACUCGAUCUCUCUCCACUUGCAGUUGAUGCUGUCCACCGCUGCCACCAUGUAGUGUAGGAUGAUAAUCAAUGAAAAGACAGGCUUAUGUUCAGCAAAGCAACCAUCUUGAAGCCUCGUGCUCGUAGAGAGACCGCGUUCCGCCCAGAGGCGCGAAAAGCCAAAACGUCACUGUCAUCUGGUCUGUCAAACUUUCACAGACCAACAAUCAAUAAAUUACAGCACAGAAAUGACUUUUUUUACUAAGCUCUUCCAAACUAUACACGAUCAGUACGCAAAAUUGGUGUAUAGUUUGUAGUCACAGAUUUACAAACAGGCACUACAAAAUAUACACGAGCAGUUUCCUAUGGGUGCGUUCUGGCCAUGUAUAGAACGGAAAGACGCGACGCUGGCCAAGGUGGAACCCAGCCUUCUGGUCACCGGUAACCUCGAUGAUGCGGGAGAAAGCUCAGUGAAUAGCUUUUUGGCCUCCGGGCCCGAAGAUCCCAGCGUUUCCACGCCGAAAGCUGCCCCAAAAAGCGUGGAGAGGAUCAUUGGGGGGUCCCUGGUCAGCAUUAGCCAGUACCCGGAGAUGGUAGGUCUCCUCUACUCCCUGACCGGCGUAGGUCACAGGCAGUGGUGUGGCGGCACAACCCUGAAUAGUCGGGCCAUCCUCACUGCUGCCCACUGUACAAUGGAGGACCCCCCGCUUAGAUGGAGCGCGCGCGUCGGUUCCAACAACGCAAACAGCGGCGGUACUGUCAUUGCGUCGCAACAGAUUAUCAACCACCCGCAGUUUACGCGCGCUGACUUCAACAACGACAUUUGCGUCAUCAUCACUUCAACCAAUAUACCCUUCAGCGCCAAUGUACAGCCUGGCAGAAUCGCUGGCACCAACUACCAUCUGGCUGACAAUGAGCCUGUCUGGGCUGCAGGAUGGGGAACUACUUGGCAAGGUGGGUGGAACUCUGAGCAGCUUCGUCACGUGCAGGUCUACUCCAUCAACCAAGAGGCAUGCAGGCAGCGUUACGCGGUAACUAACAACGUGGUUAAUGACAACAUGUUGUGCUCCGGUAUACUGGACGUGGGUGGUCGCGACCAGUGCCAGGGCGACUCUGGUGGUCCUCUCUUCCACCACGGAGUGGUCGUGGGGGUCUGCUCGUGGGGCCGAGGCUGCGCCCAGCCCCAGUUCCCAGGAGUCAACACUCGCGUCUCCCGCUACACCGACUGGAUAAGACAACAUGCUGAGAAUAUAUUUUAA